GGGAAAAGAGGUGUACAAGGCGUCAGUCUUAUCGCCAUUGGUUUAUGUUUUAUGUGUAAUCUUCUCCAACCACUAUAAUACCCCUACCAAUCAUGUGCUCAUUCACCACCAACAACAACAAACACAAAACACCAAUCUUAGAAAAACCCAAAAAUUGAACCAAACCCUAGCCUAACCCCCCAUUUAACCUUCUUUUCUUGUUACCCAUUUUGUGUUCUACUUAAGGGGACUAAAGAAAAUAUUAUCGGUUGUCACCAUGGACACAAAGACUUAUGGUGUUCCGCUUUCAACAACACAAGGGAGCCCACCUGCAACAGGUAUUAGAGCUCCUCUUACUAUUGAUGAUUCUUCUGACUUUGAAUACUCUCUUUCAGCUAAUGGACAAAACAACAGUAGCAGUUAUUAUGGUAGUAGUAGUGACGCUGAAGGAGGCUUUGUUAGUGGUGACGAUGACUUUGACACUGCUUCUGAAAGGCCAUUUGCGUCUGACCCAGAUGACCAAAAUCUUGAAAAAACUCAUUUUAGACCAUUUGUGAAAAGCCCAGAAGAAGUUGUUGAACGAGGUAGUAGUAGUAGUGGUGUAGGGGAUUAUUAUGAUGACUCUAGGUCUUUUUUAACUGACCUGUAUGCCGAAAACAUUGAUGGAUAUAGUGAUAGACCUUUCGUUGUGCAUAGGGAAAAUGAUGAAUAUAGUGAUGGGGAACAUGAGCUAGAUACAGGGAAAUCCAUGGAGGGGUCGGAUAAAGAUAGUUCCGAUGAGGGAACUAGAGUUCUUGAUGGUGCAACUCGAGGCAUACCAAUUGCACCAUUGUCCUGGGACAGUGAAGGUGAUGAAUACUUGAGCACUGGUGUUCAAGAAGACAAUGAUGUUUCAGGUGUUUUUAGAAUUCCAAAUGCAGUGGUGUUGGAGAGGUUAGAUAGUGCUCCCAAAGUUAGAAUAUCUGAUGUUUCGGAGGAUGAAUGGGAGUCUGAGAAUGUGAUACAAUCUGAGAUGGUAGAGGACUUGAUCAGUAAAGAAGAGAAUAAAGCUGAAAUUGGCACUGUUCAGAAUUUCAUAACGGAGGGUGGUGAGGCCAAUGAUACUUUUGAAGGACGAAAAGUUGUGCUUCAGGUUGCAAGUAAUGAAUCUACUUUGUUGGGACAGGAGUUGGAUAAGGAUGAAAAGCUUUUAGCAGAAGAAAGUGAAAUUCUUGAUAGUAGCUUAGAGGCAAAAAGUGCAGAUUCGUUUCGUGAUGUUAAGCCUUCUGAUACUGCUUACAUCAGUCCAAGGGAGGAAAAUGGAGUAUCAAAGUUUGGAGCUGAUGAAUUGAACUCUAGAAACAGCGGCACCUUACUUACUGGAUCUUCUGGGGACAGUCAGAAAUCAGAAAGUAAGGAGGGUGAGAUUUAUCAAGGUAGUGAUUGUCAGGAUAGCGAAACUGAAAGCUUGGAGUGCACUGAAAUUUCAGUACUGCCACCACCUGAAGAGCAAGUAUAUUCUAGUGCAAGCUCUUCAUCAGAUGUAACUUGGUCCUCCACAGUUGAAGGUGAUCAACCUAAGAUAUCAGAUGAAACACAACACACAGAGGCUUGUUUAAAUCCAGAUGUAGAAAUCAACUGCAAAGACAUUGAUCCAGUCAAAUUGUUCAAAAAUGAAGAAGUUCCAUUCUUACAUGAAAAUGAUGAAAGUUUGAACUUUGAUGGAUCAGGUGGUAUGAAACUUAUCAUUGGUCAGAUGGACCAACAAAUAGCCACUGCCAACUAUGACGGAGAGGUUUCUCAAGGUCAUUUACCAAAGGUUGAUGGUGAGAUUGUGACAGACUCAGAUGAACAGGUAGAUACAGACGAAGAAAGUGAAGAGAAUGAGAUGUUUGAUGCAGAAGCACUGGCUGCACUGCUGAGGGCUGCUGCCGGUGUUGGACCUGAAGGAAGAAAUAUUACUAUUCCAUCGGCUGAUGGUACACGGGUUUUUACACUGGAGCUUCCUAAUAGCUCGGGAUCCACAUUUCACUCGUCUAGACCUCCUCAACUAACCAAUGCAGAUAAGUUUCCCUUAACUGAGAGUAAGGCUGAAGGUAUAUCAGAAGGAAUUUUGAGUGAUGAAGAAAAGAAAAAGCUUGAGAAAUUACAACAGUUAAGGGUAAAAUUUUUGCGUCUCAUCCACAUGCUAAACCGGUCUCCUGAAGAUUCCAUAGCUGCACAGGUCUUAUACUGGUUAGCUCGCACUGCAGGGAAAUCAGCCUCUCAAGCAUGGAGCCUUGACUCCGCCCAGAAGGUAGCUUUGGAGUUAGAAGCAGAGGAUACAGACAGUUCGAAUUUUUCUCUGAAUAUCCUGGUUAUUGGUAAAACAGGAGUUGGUAAGAGUGCAACAAUAAACUCUAUCUUUGGCGAAGCCAGAUCAAUGGUAGAUGCAUUUGUACCUGCCACAACCAAAGUGAAGGAGAUAAGUGGGCAACUGGAUGGAGUUACAUUGAACAUCUUGGAUACUCCUGGUUUCAGAUCUUCCCUGCCGGAGCAAUCCAUUAACCGGAGAACUUUGCUGUCCAUAAAGAAAUAUAUGAAGAAAUACAGGCCUGAUGUAGUCCUCUAUGUUGACCGCAUUGACACACAGUCUAGAUAUCUCGGUGAUCUACCUUUGUUGAAGUCCAUCAGCAGUUAUCUUGGUCCAUCAAUAUGGCGUAAUGCCAUAGUUACCCUGACACAUGCUGCUUCAAGUCCUCCAGAUGGACCCUCAGGAUAUCCUGUAAGCUAUGAAAUGUUUGUUGCUCAGUGCUCCCGUACCAUUCAACAGUUGAUUGACCACUCCAUAGGUGAUCCACAUAUGAGGAAUGCUGGGCUGAUGACUCGUCCAUUUUGUCUUGUUGAAAACCACCCAGUCGGUCCAAAGAAUGACAAAGGAGAAAUAUUGCUCCCAAAUGGAGAAAAUUGGAGAUCACAGCUACUGCUUCUGUGUUACUCGAUAAAGAUUUUAUCGGAAGUAGAUUCCAUCUUGAAAGAUCAUGAUCUUCAUGACCACAGAAAGCUUUUUGGCUUCCCCAUGCAUUCACUUCCUUUACCGUACUUUUUAUCUUCACUGUUACAAUCAAACGUUCACCCUAAAGUCUCUAACAAUCAAGUUGGUGAGGAUAUGGACUCAGAUAUUGAGCUGGCAUAUUCAUCUGAUACCAACCAAGAAGUUGAAGAUUAUGAUGACCUUCCACCUUUCAAACCUUUGAGGAAAUCUCAAGUUGCAAAGCUAAGCAAGGAGCAAAAAAGAGCAUAUUUUGAUGAGUAUGAUUACCGUGUGAAGCUGCUUCAAAAGAAACAAUGGAGGGAGGAGUUGAAAAAGAUUUGGGACAUGAAGAAGAAAGGCAAGGCAGAGAUGGGUGAUUACACGGAAGAAGGCAAUGACCAGGAAACAGGGAGCCAAGCAGGAGUAGCAAUCCCUUUACCCGACAUGGUGCUCCCAAAUUCGUUUGAUGGGGACAAUCCCACUUAUAGAUACCGGUCUUUAGAACCUUCGUCUCACCUUCUUGCUAGGCCUGUUUUGGACUCCCAGGGUUGGGACCACGAUUGUGGAUAUGAUGGUGUGAGCAUUGAGGAUCACCUUGCCAUUGCAGGUCAGUUUCCUGCAGCAAUAGGUCUUCAGCUCACAAAGGACAAGAAAGAGUUCAGCAUCCACUUGGAUUCAUCUGUUUCAGCAAAGACGGGGGAAAAGGGAUCAACUAUGGUAGGGUUCGACAUUCAAACUGUAGGAAAGCAGCUUGCGUACAUUUUGAAAGGAGAAACAAAAGUGAAAAAUCUGAAAACAAAUAAAACAGCUGCGGGGAUAUCCAUUACUUUCUUGGGUGACAAUUUAGUGACGGGAUUGAAAUUAGAGGACCAAUUUGCCAUUGGUAAACAGUUAGUUGUGGUGGGAAGUACUGGCUCCAUCAGGUCUCAGGGUAAUGCAGCAUAUGGAGCCAACUUAGAGUUGCGUCUGAGAGAGAAAGAUUACCCUAUUGGCCAGGAUCAAAGUUCACUUGGUCUUUCUUUGAUGAAAUGGAGAAAUGACAUCAUAUGGGGAUGCAAUCUGCAGUCUCAGUUCUCUGUGGGAAGGAAUUCCAAGAUUGCUGUUAGGGCCGGAUUAAACAGCAAGAAAAGCGGGCAAAUCACAGUUAGGACAAGCACCUCAGAUCAACUGCAGAUUGCUAUUUUAGGACUUCUGCCAAUUGCUAGAGCGAUAAUGAUGACCCUUUUUCCGCAGACAAGUGAAAAGAGGUUAAUGUAGUAGUUGUAUCUUAGACAAAUGCUAGUUGCACCUCCAUUUUUGAUGUUUUUAGUCGUAGUUAUCUUGUAUUUGUCCAUUCAAUCUCUGAAGUUCUCAAUAGGAAUACUUGCUUCCAAA